AAUUUACAGCAACCUCAUCUGAAACCCAUAAAGUCCAAAUCAAAUACUUUGAUAUUAAUUGGUAUUUAUGUAGUUUAGUGAUCGAAAGAAUACUGAUCGGAAAAAGAAAGGUGGGUUCUCAUACUCGCAGCAGAAGAAAAAUGAGAUGAAGAACCGAGAAUUAGAUGAGGAAAGAAGAAGUGAAAGUCAGAUGAGAAUAAUUUAUAUCUUAACCCUAAAAUGAUCGGCUAGGAUUAGACAUAGUUUUAGUUGGAUGACUGGGAUUAAUCUUAAUCUAAAAAUCUAAUGGCUAAUAUUUACUGGGUUAUUUGGUCCGGUACUGGUCGGGAACCCCUUGGAACCAAUUACCUGUACCGGUACAGAGCCGAUUCCCUACUUCAUUCCCGUUCCCUGUACUCCUCCACCAGUUCUGGGCCGGUUCCGGUUCUUUUUCUCCGAUUCUAGUCCGGUACAUCGAUUCCGGGUCGGUUCUUGUGCAGCCUUGCCUAAACCUAAAAGAGACCAAACCAUAUUUUUCCCAUAUUAGUUUUGGAUUUAUGCCGGCCUCUUCUAUGGGUGGAAGCUUAAAAACCACCAUACCAGUUGAUGGUUCUCGUCUUGGAACAAGAAAUCAGGGUACGUACUAUUCCCUCAGCCUAGCCAGACUCGGAUGGGUCGAUACAGAUUGCGGUGGGGUUUACAUGUUUAACCAACUAUCCGGCGUCAACACAGGAACUAGCAGUUGGACAGUUUGAGCACUCCCCACAAAAAAACACGGGAAUCAAAUUCUAGGGUUUCCCACCAGAAUUUCUAGGGUUUUUUAUUGAAAUUCUCGCAAUUUCAGUUCUCACUAACCAUUUCCUAUUCUCUGUAACUUCUACUUAUCCCUUUCCAAAUCCGAAGGGCACCGAUUUCUAGGUCUUAUUAGAAAUGAGAAUGAAGAUGAGAAAAGAUGUUAGCAUAAACAGUCUAAUACACAAUAUGAAACAUGGAUAUCGAAUUUUGCUUCGAAAGAAUUGGAUUUCUCUAUCUCAGUUUCAUCUACUUGCUGGUGUUUUGGGUGUUACUGGUCUAGUUAUGGCUAUAAGAGAUGGAAAGUUUGGAUUUCUACGUGGGUUGUCACAGAUUCCUGAUAGAGAUGAUGAAUCUUCAGAAAGCUUAGUAUUGGUUCCUGGGUUGCAGAAUCUUGGCAAUAAUUGUUUCUUGAAUGUUGUUUUGCAGGCAUUAGCUAGUUGUGAUUGUUUUCAUGAAUUUCUUCAGAAUAUAAUAGAGAGAGAUGACUUUUCGGUUGAUGAUCGGGUUGAAAACAUGCCCCUCUCAGCUGCGUUGUUUAACUUAUUCAAAGAAUUGUGCAGUCCUUGCGAUGAAAGGAUGAUAUUGAGUCCACGUAAAGUGAUGCAUGCAAUGGACCAGUACAUUCCUAAUUUCAACUUGACAAGGCAACAGGAUGCAGCAGAGGCAUUACACCACCUUUUGUCUUCUUUACAAGAUGAAACUUCGGAGAGUUAUGUUCCAAAUUAUGGUUCUCUGGCAGAACUAUCUGCUUUUCCUCAUUGCAAGAUCUUGCAUCCGAAUAGAAAAUCUGGUCCAAAUGAACAGGAAAGGUGGCAACAAGAUCUCCUCGGGCCAUUUAAUGGCAUUCUUGGGAGCGGUUUAACAUGUAAAAGCUGUUCGUCACAGCUUUCGGCGGACUUUGAGUUCUUCAUCAGCUUGCCUCUCACACCAUUGAUCAAUGGAUGUUCAGUUGAGCAUUGCUUGAAGCAGUUCACUGCUGCUGAGCUUAUAGAUAACUACCGUUGCAACCGGUGUUGGCAUAUUGCUGGAAUAAAGUAUUUUUCUACUGUUGAUGGAAACCACAAGGCACAGAUCGAAAAACUGAAUUCUUGUGUUGAGGAAGAUACAUGUGAGUGCAGGAAUCUCUUUCCUGAGGAAGUGCCAUGGUCACAUCAACGAUCUCGUACGCUGAAGCAAUUAAGUAUUGUGCGCUGCCCAAAGAUUCUUUGCAUCCAUCUACAGCGUGCUUCAAUGAAUCCAUUUGGUGAAUUAGUCAAAUUUCAGGGCCACAUUCCUUUUCCAAUGCUUUUGGACCUAUCCCCAUACGUAAAGCCUGUGGCGGGAGUCAGCAAAGAAAGCUUGGGUGAGAAUUUGGAGAUGAGGGAAGUGAAUCAGCAUAACCUUCUUAUUAACCGGUUUAACAUUUUUAACCACCAAUUUCCGAUGCACAUGAUGCAACAACUGUAUGCGCCAGUGGGAGAUGAUGUAAAAAUUCAAUCCAAACCACUAGUUGUAGAUGAGAUUGAUGAGACCAAUUACUCUGUUGGUGAUACCUCGAUAUCAGAAACUGGUGCAUCUCAUACUGAGGGGGUCUCUUAUCCUGUGUUGGACGGCUCGCUUGCUCACCUAACAAGUGUUCAAACAGACGAAAACAUGAAUAUUUCGUUUGUUAGAGAUGUGAUGGAUGUUGUCAGUGAUUCUUCAGAUAGUGAAUACGUUCUUGCUUCGAGAAUAAAAUCUGAUGAUAACCAUUCUGAAGACUGCGAAACGAUGGAGUCACCUAUACAACCAACACAUGGACAUACUGGAGAAAGCAACCUAAACACCUCAUCAAAACCAUUAGUUGAAGAUGUGGUUGGCAUUGGUAAUGAUUCUGUGGAUGGUAAGCAUCCUCGAUCUUCGUUGAAAGAGUCUGAUGUGGGCAGUACUGAAGGUUAUUUGCCUCUACAGCAGAUACAUGGACAGAGUGAGGGAAACCAAAACAUUUCUUCAGAGCCUAUAGUUGUAGUUGUAGAUUUGUUGGGCAAUACCACUGAUCCAGUAUACGCUAGAUGUGAUCAAACUAUGAAGGCAAAAUCUGGUUUGGACAGUUCAGAAGGUUCUUGUCCUGAGUUCACCAACAACAUGCCUCUACAACGUGACGACAAGAUCAAUAAUAAGAAUCACGUCGUUCCUUCAAAGAGUCACAUGUAUCGCCUUGUUUCUGUUGUGGAGCACUUUGGAAGAGUUGGUAGUGGACAUUAUACAGUUUACAGAAGAGUCAAGAGGUCAUCAGAUGAUUCAGAGUCUGCUGAACAAUUAGGUAGUUCAAAUGCGCGAUGGUUUUGUGUAUCAGAUACAGAUGUGUGGAGUGUUUCAGAAAAAUCUGUCCUAGCUGCUGAUGCAAGUUUGCUCUUCUAUGUGAGGGUCGCAGAGUUUUCUUGAGGUACUUAUCAAGCCUCUUUACACAGUUCAAAAUAUUCUUCGUGUAGUGCACCAACUAUGGGGGGCUCAUAAGCAACCAUGGCUCGAAUUUUAUGAAAAUAUCAAGUUUCAUAGUAAGUCUAUUUUCU